AUGCCUUCUAAUGACUUUGUCCGAACUGUAUCUCGGAGUUUUCGUGUGCUCGUGAUCGGUGGCUCUUAUGGCGGUCUGGCAGCCGCAUUAGCUCUGAUCGACCUUUCACAGGGUCGCAUUGCCCGCUUCAACAGCAACCCAGAUACUAAAGCCCCGGCGCAUCGCAUUCCAAUCCAGAUCACUGUAGUUGAUAAAAGAGACGGCUAUUUCCAUCUCAUCGGAUCUCCAAAGGCCCUGGCCUGUGACAGGUUCGCAUCGCAGGCAUGGACUCGAUUCAGCGAUAUCCCCGGCUUGAAAUCUCCCGAUCUCAGCUUCAUCCAGGGAAGCGUCAGUUCAGUAGACUUCGCUGGAAAGGUCGCCCAUAUCAUCGAUGCGGAAAGCAAAUUCAACCGGACAGAGUCUUAUGACUACCUGAUUGCAAGCUCAGGGUUGCGACGAUCGUUCCCCACGGUACCUCAAUCCUUGCGACGAGAUGAGUUCCUCAACGAAGCGAAGGAGCACAUGGCAAAUGUAAAAAGUGCCCGUGAUGGCGUCACUAUUGUUGGUGGAGGUGCUGUCGGUGUCGAGAUGGCAGCCGAAUUGAAGGUCCUUCAUCCUCAACAAAAAAUUACUUUAAUCCAUUCCCGAAACCGCCUGCUUUCAUCAGAGCCAUUGCCAGAUGAUUUUGCCGAGCGUGCGCUUUCACUAUUACAGGAAGCCGGUGUCGAGGUAAUCCUAGGCCAACGCGUCAUUGACACAACAGCCGUGGACACAGAGCCCGAGAACCGAGUCUGGAGCCUUACGCUUAGUGAUGGUCGGCAGCUCAAAACUGGCUACGUUGUGAGCGCGAUCUCGCAAUCCAUCCCGACAUCAACAUAUUUGCCAAAAGAAGUAUUGAAUGAGGAAGGAUACAUCAAAGUGCACCGCUCACUUCAAUUCUCAGAAGCAAUUCCCAACGCCGAGAACCACUGGGCAGUGGGAGACAUCGCAGCGUGGGAAGGUAUCAAGCGCUGUGGUGGCGCAAUGCACAUGGGCCAUUAUGCCGCCAUGAACAUUCAUCGGCACAUGACCGCAGAAUGCACUGGCGAGAAGCCAGAAUUCUUGACCUUGCAGCCUUUCCCGUCUGUGAUGGGAUUGGCUGUUGGCCACAAGGCCGUCAGCUAUACCCCGAGUGAGGGCACCCGGCAUGGUGAAGAUCUUCUGGCAAGCUUGUUCGGGAAGGACAUGGGAAAUACCAUUUGCUGGAACUAUAUGCGCCUCGGUGAGGCAUGCUAG